GGAAGCGGAACGGGCGGCGGAGCGGGUGGGGUCAGGCGCCGCCGUCCGCCGUCCUUUCCGCGGCGCGAUGCUGCCCACCACCUCCGUGGGGGCCCGCAGUCAGGGCAACGGCGCGCUCAGCCCCCGCGAUGCGGCGCGGCACACGGCCGGCGCCAAACGGCACAAGUACCUGCGGCGGCUGCUGCACGUGCGGCAGAUGGACUUCGAGUUCGCUCUGUGGCAGAUGCUGUACCUGUUCACCUCCCCGCAGCGGGUUUACAGGAACUUCCACUACCGGAAGCAGACCAAGGACCAGUGGGCGCGGGACGACCCCGCCUUCCUGGUGCUCCUCAGCGUGUGGCUCUGCGUGUCUACUGUAGGAUUUGGAUUUGUGCUGGACAUGGGAUUUUUUGAAACAAUAAAGUUGCUGCUUUGGGUUGUAUUCAUAGACUGCGUAGGUGUUGGUCUCCUGAUAGCAACACUGAUGUGGUUCAUUUCUAACAAGUACUUGGUAAAGCAGCAGAACAGAGACUAUGAUGUGGAGUGGGGAUAUGCCUUUGACGUUCAUCUGAAUGCUUUCUAUCCACUCCUGGUCAUUUUGCAUUUUAUCCAGCUGUUUUUCAUCAACUAUGUCAUCAUACCUAAUUCAGUCAUUGGAUAUUUUGUUGGGAACACAUUAUGGCUGAUUGCAAUUGGCUAUUAUAUCUAUGUGACAUUCCUUGGAUACAGUGAUGAAGCACUUGCCUCAUCAUUGCAGGCAGAGUUCCAUGCUCGGAGCAACCGGCAUCAGUGGCUGGGAGCCUGCCUGCCAAGUCCCUGCUGUCAGUGUAUCCAUUUGAGGAUGUUCUACUCAUUAGUACAGAAGCUUAUAUAAACACAGAAACCAAGUCCUCAAUUCCUCUUUUUCUUUUUUUUCCCCCCACCCUCCCACAUUGAAAACAUUAGCCCAACUGAAAUGCUCUGAAGCACUAAAACUUCAAUAACUUUAUCAGACUUCUAAAUAUUUCCUACCAACUGAUAUCAGAAUUAAAGCUUAAAAAAUGAUAGUAAGUUACAUUUUAAUAACCUUUUCUAUAACUACGCGUUUAGAAUACAGAUGAUUUCUAAACUGUGCACUGUGCAGUUGUGUGCAUGUGUUAUGUCAGCUAGAACUGCACAGGAAAGGCAGGAUGUAUUGCACCAUGCUGAGGGAGAGCUUGCUUUUACAAUGAACAGCUUUUAAAGCUGUGCUGCUCUUCCACUAUAACAAUGUGUGCUUAAUAGCAGGACAGCAGCCAUCACUUUUUAAAUAAGUAAUUUUCAGCACUGUCACAAUAAUUUCAAAGCAAAGUAACUCAUUAUGUUUGGUUAUCAGCUGCCAGACAAUACACAAUACAAUAAGUUUCAAGUUUAAACAAUCAAAUACAUCAUUCCCACUGACGCGAGAUAUCUACAUUAUGAGAAGCUACCACAGGACAUACAAGGUUAACAGCACGUGUUCCUUCCCUGGGAUCCCAGCGUCAACAGCAGAGAAAACUGGAUCGUUAUUCUCAAAUACUGCACCUCAAGUGGCUAUGCCAACAUCAGAAUACAAAGUAGUAAAUGUAAUCCACAAGCAGAUCUGUCCAACUAUCAAGAUUCUAGCUUAAAGAUGAAAUGGCAGAGAGCAGUGUCCACCUCAUAAAACCACUUUAUUAACCAUCAACGGCAUGUUUUGAGGACUACCCAAUAACUUGUUAAAAACAAGGCCACUGCUAUGAGGCAACUGGAGUUAAAAGCAGAGGAGUGUAAAAACAAGAAAUCUACACACAAAACCCAAGAAAACACAAGUUCUGCUAAUCCUUUUGAAAAUACCCUAACACUGCUAAGCAGUUAUAUAGACAGGAUGAUCUAAACAAAAUGUCCAUUGGUAGUUCCAAAGGCUUCCUUGGUAUUACUUGGUAUUUUCAAAGAACAAAUUCCAGUGUCCAAAGCUCUUCACAACGAGCUCCUUGGGCUCAACACCCAUCACUAACCUCUCUGAAGAAACAGGGUAACUGGCAAAGAAAAGUAAUAUUUAUAGUUAUUUAUAGUAACCAGAAUUAAUGCUAGUGCUUAAUGUAAAUUCAAAUAGUAGUAAUGUGAAUAUCAUAAUGUAACUUUUAAAUAUGGGCUUUAAUAACUAAGUGAGACUGGAACAACAGUAUAUAAUGAAAUAGCAAAGUGAAUUUUCAUAAUUAUCUAGUGACCUAAAGGAAAAGAAAUGCAGUAUUUCUUGUCUUUACAAUGUAGGCUGUUUUGAGCCUACAUUUAUUCAGAAAGUAGUCCAUCCAUUUGAAAAAAAUAAACCUCCCACAGUGGUGAGCAAUUUGUUCCUUAGUAAGAAAGUCAGUGGAUCUACUUUCAGUCUGAAGGACGUGCUAUUGUAACAGUGGUGUGCAUCUUUGUAUUACUGCAAAAAUAAGAAUGAGAAUUUAGCUUAUUAUCAUGGGACUUCAGUGUUCUGACUGGAAAUCUUUCACUUGGAAAUGACUGAAAAGAUUCGGUGUAAGAGCUGUUACUAACAUGAACAUUAGACAGUUUCAAUUUAUACACCUCUCUCCUUCUUCAGGUGUGGUUUAGAACAAUCAAUGUCUGAUUUUCAGCAUUCAGCAGGGAUAAGCCAUCUAGGUUUAACACAAAACAGCUACAAAUGUUCUUUGCUGCUCUACUACAUGAGUUCAGAUCUCACUCGAGGUUACUAAGAAAUUCUUGCCUCUGUCAUCUCUGACAAUAUUCUCAGGUCUCAAAAAUGAAGUAUUCAAAGGCUUGAUGACAGUUAAUUACAGAAUUGCUAUACUCAACACAAAAUUUCAGUUCAGUUCUGCAAAAAAGGUUUGGCAUGGAAAAAUAAACUCUAGGAACAAGUUACUACUCUGUCACACUGUAACAGACCUGCCAUUCAUUCUGCCAGUUGUGGUCAAUAUUUCCAUUAAGAAGCUUGUUUAUCAAGGAUUUAUUACUGGAGUUAUUAAGCAGUUAUG